AUGUGGCUACCGUGGUGGCAGUGGGGGGUCACCUCUUGCUCUCUUGCCAAACUCUUGGUAGCCUUGGUCUUCUUCGCAGGGGAGGCCUCCUGGGUCGGUGCCUAUGAACCUGGCCUGGAAGCCAACAGCACCUGUGAAGGAUCCAAUCAGUGUCAACCGGGAGUGAUCCUCCCUGUGUGGCAGCCAGACAACCCCUCUUUUGGGGACAAAGCGGCCAGAGCCAUUGUCUACUUCGUUGCCAUGAUGUACAUGUUCCUGGGGGUCUCCAUUAUUGCUGACCGCUUCAUGGCCUCCAUUGAGGUGAUCACUUCCAAAGAGAAGGAGAUCACCAUUACCAAGUCCAACGGGGAGACCAGCAUUGGCACAGUGAGGAUCUGGAACGAGACUGUCUCCAACCUCACCCUCAUGGCAUUAGGUUCCUCAGCUCCCGAAAUACUUCUUUCGGUCAUCGAGGUCUGUGGUCAUAACUUCCAGGCAGGAGAACUGGGCCCUGGGACUAUUGUGGGCAGUGCGGCCUUCAACAUGUUUGUGGUCAUCGCAGUGUGCGUCUACGUCAUCCCGAGUGGCGAGAGCCGCAAAAUCAAGCACCUGAGGGUCUUCUUCGUCACGGCUUCCUGGAGCAUCUUUGCCUACAUCUGGUUGUACCUGAUCUUGGCCGUCUUCUCACCGGGCAUCGUGCAAGUGUGGGAGGCCUUGCUGACCCUUAUCUUCUUCCCUGUCUGUGUAGUCUUCGCCUGGAUGGCUGACAAAAGGCUGCUGUUCUACAAAUACGUCUAUAAGAGAUACAGGGCAGACCCACGCAGUGGGAUCAUCAUUGGAACUGAGGGUGAGUUCCCCAAAGGCAUUGAGAUGGAUGGAGGAUUCGUGGCCAAUGACCACCGGGAGAGUGUCUUUGUGGAUGGCAGUGCUGCUUCAGUGGCUCCCCUCCCAGCCACCGUUACCCAGGAGGAGAAGGAAUUGGACGAGAGUCGCAAAGAGGUCAUCCAGAUCCUCAAAGACCUGAAGCAGAAGCACCCCGAUAAAGAACUGGAACAGCUGGUGGAGAUGGCGAACUAUUAUGCCCUGUUGCAUCAGCAGAAGAGCCGGGCUUUCUACCGCAUCCAGGCAACCCGCAUGAUGACGGGGGCAGGAAACAUCCUCAAGAAGCACGUCACGGAGUUUUCCAAGAAGUCUACUAACCUGCUGGAGGUGCCCUCAGAAGCCGAGGUGGAGGAGAACUACAGCAAAAUCUUUUUUGAGCCAUUCAUGUACCACUGCUUGGAGAAUUGUGGCUCAGUCACUUUGACCGUGACCUGCCAGCAGGGUGGUGACACCUACAACACUUUCUACGUAGACUACAAGACAGAAGAUGGUUCGGCCAAAGCAGGUUCAGAUUAUGAGUACAGUGAGGGGACCCUGAUCUUCAAGCCUGGUGAGACCCAAAAGGAGCUGAAAAUUGGCAUCAUUGAUGACGAUAUCUUUGAAGAAGAUGAACAUUUUUUUGUCCGGCUGCUGAACUUGCGGGUGGGAGAUGCAGAAGGCAUGUUUGAGUCAGACUCUGCCGAACACCCCAAGGGACGGCUUGUGGCACCCCUGGUGGCCACAGUGACUAUCCUGGACGAUGAUCAUGCUGGCAUUUUUGCUUUCCAGGAUAAACUGUUAAGGGUCAGUGAGUGCCAAGGGACCCUGGAGGUCAAGGUGACCCGCAGCUCAGGGGCCCGAGGGACUGUCAUGGUCCCCUACCAGACAGUGGAGGGAACUGCUCAAGGAGGGGGUGUGGACUAUGAGGAUUCCUGCGGGGAGCUGGAGUUCAAGGAUGAUGAAACCGUAAAAUCACUUCAUGUGAAAAUUGUGGACGUUGAAGAAUAUGAGAAAAAAGACAGCUUCUUCAUUGAGUUGGGCCAACCACGUUGGUUGAAAAGGGGCAUCUCAGCCCUCCUGCUCAAUCAAGGGGAUGGUGACAAAAAACUCUCCGCUGAGGAAGAGGAGGCCUGGCGGAUUGCUGAAAUGGGCAAACCCAUCCUUGGGGAAAACUCGCGCCUUGAGGUCAUUAUAGAAGAAUCCUAUGAUUUCAAGAACACUGUGGACAAACUCAUCAAGAAAACCAAUCUGGCGCUGGUGAUCGGCACGCACUCGUGGCGGGAGCAGUUCCUUGAGGCGAUCACUGUGAGUGCAGGUGUGGAAGACGAGGAUGAAGAUGGGAGGGAAGAGAGGCUUCCAUCCUGCUUUGACUACGUCAUGCAUUUCCUGACGGUCUUCUGGAAGGUCCUCUUCGCCUGCGUGCCACCCACCGAGUACUGGAACGGCUGGGCCUGCUUCAGCGUUAGCAUUCUGGUGAUUGGCUUGCUGACUGCCUUCAUCGGCGACCUGGCCUCCCACUUUGGCUGCACAGUGGGACUCAAGGACUCCGUCAAUGCGGUCGUCUUCGUGGCCUUGGGCACGUCCAUACCAGAUACCUUUGCCAGCAAAGUGGCCGCUCUCCAGGACCAGUGCGCAGAUGCUUCUAUUGGGAAUGUGACGGGCAGCAACGCGGUCAACGUCUUCCUGGGCUUGGGGGUGGCCUGGUCUGUGGCAGCUAUUUACUGGGCGUUCCAAGGCAAAAACUUCGAGGUGCAGACAGGGACCCUGGCCUUUUCGGUCACCCUCUUCACCAUCUUUGCCUUCGUUUGCAUCAGCGUCCUCAUGUACCGCCGACGGCCACACAUAGGAGGCGAGCUGGGGGGUCCCCAAACCGCCAAAAUCCUGACCACCUGCCUCUUUGUGGGCCUCUGGUUGCUCUAUAUUCUCUUUGCUGGCCUUGAGGCCUACUGCCACAUCAAGGGUUUCUGA